UUUUUUUUUCUUACCUUUUUUUUUUUCUCUUAUUUAAAACACUAAUGAAGUUUGGGAAAGCAUUACUGAAUAAUCAGUUACCAGAAUGGUCCAAGAAUUAUUUAUCUUACAAGGCUCUAAAGAAAUCUAUUAAUGAAGCUACUCAUGACUUGCCACCUUCUUCAGAAACUACCACAGCUAUCUUCUUUCAAUUGGAUAGAGAAGUUGAAAAGGUGAAUACUUUUUAUACAUAUAAACAAGCUCAAAUAGAUAGGCGUCUCUGGAUUUUAUCUGAAAAGUAUCAACAACACAAAGAUGUCAAUACUAUCAAUAAUAAUAACAAUAGUAUAGCUGAUGAUGCAAGUACAUCUGGUUCUUCUUGUACUGAUAUUACUGAUGAAUUAGCAAGUGCUCUUCAAGAAACAAGAACUCAAUUGAACAAAUUGAUGCGUUUUGCUGAAUUGAAUACAAAAGGAUUCCGAAAGAUUCUCAAAAAGUUGGACAAGAAACUAGGUCUAGACACUCAAACUGUUUACUGGGAAACAAAAGUUUCAGUACUUCCUUUUGCAAAUCAUGGUUUGAUGCGAUCUGAAAUGGACAAAUUGGCUCAAUGGAUCUCCUCUUUAUCAACUGUCAAUGGUGAUGACAAAAACAAAGUUACACCGAAUUUGGAAUCCGCUCAUCAACACCCCACAGCAAAACUUUCCUUACCUUCCAAGAUUAGUCGGCACAACCUACUUACCGAUACUCAGAAUCAAGAAUUUGCGAAUGCUAUUGAUCAUGAUGAUACCGAAAAACUGGAUAAUCUUCUUUCUUCCUCUGAUACUAUGGGAAAUAUAUCUACUCAUGAUAUGAAUAUGACUCGUUAUGGACUAUUGGAAUUAGCAACACAGAAAGGUUCUAUUCAAUGUUUGAAGUUUUUAAUUAAUGCUGAUCUUGAUCCUUUACAUUAUCAUGAUAUCAACGAAAGAAAUAUUCUUCACAAACUUGCAAUUCAUGCUGAUACCCUCAACGAAGCUGCUAUUACCGGUAUUACUGUCUUGUUGGAAUUGGCUCCUGGAUUGACCGCACAAACUGAUUUCUCUGGUCGUCGUCCUCUUCAUUAUGCUGUUGAACACAAGUCUUCUACCAUGGCAAAAUUACUUUUGGAACAUUCUAUGAACCAUGAUGAAUAUACUCUCGGUAUUGGUUUCGCUCAUUCCCAAUGGCAAGAUCGUGAAGGUCAUACCCCAUUAUUUUUGGCUAUUCUCCAUGGACAUCCUGAAACUGUAAAGACAAUCAUUGAAGUAGGAAACAUUAACAACGUAGAUGAUAUCAUUGCAGUUGCAUCAGCCAAACAAAAGCAUGAUGGAACAACAACUAUAACUGAACCAGAUUUUACUCUCUCAUCUCAUCAUCCUUCAUCAGUGGCAAUGGCAGUAGAACUUAAAAACAUCGCUCUAUUGGAAUUAUUGAUCGAAAAAGGGGCGUCAGCAGAUAUUACAGAUGAAGAUGGUGAAACGGCUUUAUUAUUGGCUAUUCGAAAUGGUUUCUCAGAUGGUGUCAAGGCUCUGAUUGAAGCUGGUCAUGCAAAUGUCAAUCAUUCCGAAAAAAUCAAUGGCGUUACUCCUCUUAUGGUUGCAGCUAUUGAGGGUAAUACUGAAAUUGUACAAUUAUUAUUGGAUGGUGGUGCAGACAAAACCAAAGUGGACUGCAAUGGCUGGGCAGCUUACGAACAUGCGAUUUUCCGGGGAUAUCUUGAUAUUGGACGUAAAACAAAACCAAAUAGUGAACAAAUAUUAUUGGAAUCUGGCAAGACUUUGACGGAUGGAAGUAGUAACAAUGUCAAACGAUCUGAAAACCCAAAAGAAGGUGAACGAUCUCCUUCUACAGGAAAAUCAAAAUCUUUGGCAAGACCUGAACGAUUGUAUGGGCACAAAUAUUUAACAAAUCAAAGCAUGAUCCUCAUCACUCUGGGAUCCAACGAUAUUCGAAAUCAAUUAUCUCGAUGUUUUUUGACUUUGACUGAAACUCUGGCUGAAGAUCAACGUCUCUCCAUUGCUGUCUCUGCAACCAAUGCUACUGGUGAAUUCCCUAUUCUGGAUCUUCCUCCCAACAAUCAACAUCAUUUACUUCAUCCUGAACCUAUUGUCUUAUUUUCUUCCAAACCAGAAGACGUGGUGAUUCGAUUUGAUCUCAUAGAAACUUUUGGUAGUGGUGAUGGCAAGAAAAAUGGUGUCUUGGCUCGUGGUACUUCUCUCUUGGCAACUGAUCAUAUUUAUUCAAAAACGAAAGGUUUUAAGGGUCAAGCUACUGGUAAUUCUUCUUUACGUGGUCAACAAACUGUUCCAUUGGUUCGCACCUCUACAUUAGAUUGUGUUGGUUCUCUUGGUUUUGAAUACUUUGUCAUCUCUCCUUUUACUCAUGAAAGAAUGUCAGUUGGUGAUCGUUAUACUUACUAUAAAUCAUUGGAUACAAAGUUGAUUGGACAUCGUGGAUCUGGAAUGAACAAGAAAGGAUCGCGUCUUCAAGUAGGAGAAAAUACAGUUUUGUCUUUUAUCACAGCUGCUUCUCUUGGUGCUGAAUACGUGGAAUUUGAUGUUCAACUGACCAAGGAUCUUGUACCUGUGAUUUAUCAUGAUUGGACUGUGACUGAAACUGGCUUCGAUAUUCCAUUGAAUGCAAUUACUGUUGAACAAUUCUUGAAUCUUCGUCCUUCUGGUCAUAUCAAGGAAUACCAUACUGGUGUUAGUAAUGAUGGUCAAGGAGAAAUCAUACCCACUGUGAACACUGUACCUGAAACUGUAAUGGAUGAUAUAGUAUCAAGUGCAACUCCAGCAAAACAACGGGUCAAUCGAUCGCAUUCACUUGGCUCUAUCAAAGGUGUUCCUACUUUUUCACGUCGCUCUGACCACUCUGACCGUUUGGCUUUAACUCGUACAAACAAACUUGGAAAAGUGAAAGGAAAUGGCCCUGAAACAAUUCAAGCUCCAUUCACAACUUUAGCUGAAACACUGAAGAGAGUACCGUCAACAGCUGGUUGCAACAUUGAAGUUAAAUAUCCUAUGGUAGAUGAAGCCGAAGAUGAUGAACUUCAUCAAUUCCAGGAACUCAACAUUUACGUAGAUACCAUAUUGGAAUGUGUUUACAACAAUGCAGAUGAAAAUCGACGUAUUAUCUUUUCCUCAUUUCAUCCUGAAAUUUGUCUCGCUCUCAAUUUGAAACAACCCAACUAUCCUGUAUUCUUUUUGACUGAUGCUGGUACUUUACCAAUGGCAGAUAUCCGAUGUAAUUCUCUUCAAGGUGCUCUUCGAUUUGCCAAACAAGCGGAUUUAUUGGGUAUUGUGGCUGCUAGUGAACCCGUUUUAGAAGCUCCCCGAAUGGUGUCUGUUGUCAAAGAAACUGGUCUUUUGCUGUUUACUUAUGGUGUUCUGAAUAAUGAAGUACAAAAUUCUGUAGCUCAAAAGAAAUAUGGUGUGGAUGCUGUCAUUGUCGAUUCCGUUUUAGCUGUACGAAAGGGUUUACGUGGGGAUUGAUGAGUAGUUAUAGAAGAUACGAAUGAUUUGAUUCGUUAUCAUAUGCUUUUUAGAAAACCUUUUUUUUUUUUUAUUAUUGUUUUUUUACAAUAAAACAGAUCGUAUUUUUAUUCUUUA